UGCUGAAGAAUACGAUUUACAGACAAUAACGAAAUCAAAAUUUAAAGCAAAGAUGACAACGUACUUUGAUAAUCUUGGAUGUGCUGUUAAAGUUGAUGGCAAUGUGCAUGGAAAUGUGGAAGCUUCGACUAAUAUUAAAUUAAUGCCAAAACCCGAACCAAAAACCAUAUGCUUUGGAUAUGUUGAUGUUGACACAAAUUUUACCGGUCGAUCGUCUGAACUACUCUAUUUAAAAGAUGCGUUCACUAGUGCUCCUUACAUCGUGGUUGUUUCCGGACUGGGUGGAAUUGGAAAAACCCAGCUUGUCCGUAAGUAUGUGGACGAAAAUCGAUCGUUUUACAAAAGCGUUCUUUGGAUUGGCUCGGAAGAUGGUGCAUUGGUGGUCGAUGCAUUCGAAACGUUAGCAAGAAAACUGAAGAUACCGACAUUAGACGUUGAUGGCAGAAAAAUUGCGUUCAGUUCCAUUGUGGAGGAUGUGCUUGGUGAGGUUUGUAAAUUGCAAACUUUAAUCGUAUUCGACAACGUUGACAAAGAGGAAAGCUAUAUAUUCGUUCAGUUUGUAAUUAAAAUGGGAACAUUAGGAUGUCGGCCUCAUAUUGUUUUGACGUCACGUAUUCAAGAGUGGAGUGACUCAGUUCAUCUGAUAAAGUUAAAUGUAUUUGACACGGACGAAGCGUUGGAGUAUGUUCAGAAGACCUUGAUUGAUUCUGGAAGCGUUCACAACGAUUCACUAGAAGAUAAAACGAUGUUGGUGCUAGAAUUGCACUAUUUUCCGUUAGCUUUAAGGCAAGCAACGGCGCACAUUAAUUACCAAAGAAAACAAAGAACUUUCCACAUUUCCGACUAUAUUGAUGAGUACAGCACGUCCAAGCAGGAAAUCUUGGACUCCAAAAUGUUUAAACAGGAUCUUCUCAACGCAUAUGAGGAGACAACAUUCACAACGUGGCGGGUUACGAUUUCCGCAAUUCAGAAAUGUGGAACGGCUGGUAUCAUAGCUAACGAAAUUCUGUGCAUAAUCGCGUAUUUUCAUCCCGACCACAUCCGAAGAAAUAUCUUUUUCAACCUUCAGAUUCCGUUGAGCGCACUCUACAAAUGCAGGUUUACAAAUAACCUGACGGUUACCAUUCUUCGUUUGAUCGCGUACUUCGAUCCGAACCAGAUCCGCAGAGACAUAUUUUUCAAUCUUAAGUUCCCAUUUCGUUUAGAGAAAAUUGAUGUGGAGAAGGAAGUGACCGAAGCUGUACGGCUUCUGGUAAAUUAUUCUAUGGUUGAUGGUAGCGAGGGUCAAGACGUGUUCAGCAUUCACAGACUUGUGCAACAAGUGAUUAGACUGGAAAUAGGAAAUGUAUCAGGUUUAACGAAAGAAAUGUUACGGUAUGCUAUCCGUCUUAUUUUGAAAAUGGAAGGACACAAACAUUUUGACGAAAUUCAUGAGCAUGGAAUGUCAGUCUUUCAGUCGGCAUUAAAGUUUCCCGAUCUGGUUAAGGAAUUUGGAUUUUUUCCAGCUAUGAUCUCAUACCGUUUGAUCGAGUGUGUCAAAUCCUCGCGAGCUAAAAAGUUUGGAGACGAAAUAUUGCCUUGUUUUACGACGAUUCUAGGAGAAGGCCAUCCUGAUGCUCUAAAUUUCAAGAACAACAUUGCACAUUCGUACCGUGGCCUGGGCAAGGAAGUCGAAGCACUUCAAAUGUUCCGAAACGUUCUCGAGAAACGAAAGACCGUUUUAGGGCACUAUCAUCCGGAUACGCUCACCAAUGAGGCAAACAUCGCACAAUCAUACCGUCAACUGGGCAAACAUACCGAGGCUCUUAACAUGUUUCAAGACGUUUUCGAGAAGCAAAAGAUUAUUCUGGGUGAGGACCAUCCAGACACGCUCACCAACAAGUCUAACAUGGCAUAUUCAUAUCGUCAAUUGGGUAAACCAUCCAAGGCUCUUCAGCUGUACCAAGAAGUUUAUGAAAAACGGAAGAGAAUUUUACCAGAUGAUCAUCGAGAUAAGCUCAUUAAUAGGUCCAACAUUGCACAAUUAUACUGUGAUCUAGGCAAACACAAAGAGGCGCUUCAAGUGUACCAAGAAAUUUAUGAUCAAAGACAAAAUUUGAGCGACGACCAUCCAGAGACGCUGAGUAUUAAGUGCAAUAUCGCAUAUUUGUACCGAGAUCUGGGUAAACAUGGUGAGGCGCUUCGAUUGUGUGAAGAAGUUUUUGAAAAGCAAAAAGAUAUUUUAGGUGAGGAACAUCCUCAUACACUCACAAAUAAAUCUAACAUCGCCCACUUAUACCAUGAAGUGGGCGAACACAUCAAAGCAUUUCAAAUGUACGAAGAAAUUUUCGAACAACGGAUUUCUAUUCUACCCGAGAGCCAUCCAGACAUACUCAAGUCUGAGUAUAAUAUCGCGCAAUCAUACAGUCAACUGGGCAAAUAUAAUGAGUCACUUCAAAUGAGCCAAAAAGUUUUACAGAAGCGAAAUAAAAUUCUGGGAGAAAAUCAUCCAGAGACAAUCGCUAAUGCGUCUAACAUCGCAAAUUUAUAUGACAUACUAGGCAAACACGCAGAGGCCCUUCAAAUAUUUCAGGAAGUUCAUAAAAAACGAAAGAACCUCUUGGAACACGACCAUCCGGAUAUACUCACCAAUGAGGCGAACAUUGCAAAUUGUUACUAUAAUCUGGGCAGACGUGCCGACGCGCUUCGAAUAUACCAAGAAGUGUAUGACAAACGAAUUCGCAUUUUAGGCGACGACCAUCCCGCUACACUUAAUAAUAAAGCGAACAUUGCCCAUGCAUAUCGUCAAAUGGGUAAACAAAACGAAGCACUUCAAAUGUUCGAAGAUGUUUUUGCGAAACAGAAGAAUGUUCUCGGUGAAGAUCAUCGACACACGAUAAAUACAAAAGGUCAUGUCGCAUAUUCAUACCGUGAUCUGGGCAAACAUAGCAGUGCGCUGCAAAUGUACAAAGAAAUUUUUGAGAAACAUAGAAAUUCGUUGGGCGAGAACCAUCCGGAAGCGCUAAAGUCGAAGUCUAAUAUUGCACAGUCAUACCUUCGAUUGGGAAAACAUGCCGAGUCGUUUAAAAUAUAUCAAGAAGUCUUUGACAGACAUAAGGACAUUCUGGGAAGUGAUCAUCCGGAUACACUUACUUAUAAAUCCAGCAUCGCAUACACUUACCGUGAAAUGGGCAAACACAAUGACGCGCUACAAUUGUUUCAAGAAGUUCUUGCAAAACAAAUAAACAUUUUAGGAGAAAACCAUCCUGAUACCCUCACUAAUGAGGCUAAUAUUGCAUCCGCUUAUCGUGAUUUGGGCAGACAUAAGGAUGCGCUUCGAGCUUAUGAAGACGUUUAUCAGAAACAAACCAACAUUUUAGGACAGAACCAUCCAGAUACUAUCAUUAAUAAAUCUAACAUCGCAUAUACAUACCGCCAACUUGGCAAACAAAGCGAAGCUCUUCAAAUGUUUGAGGAAGUUUUUGAGAAACAAAAGGACAUAUUGGGAGAAAACCAUCCUGAAGCACUUAAGUGUAAGGGCAAUAUCGCACAUUCUUUCCUUCUGCUGGGUAAACAUUCCGAAGCACUGCAAAUGUUUGAACACAUUUACGAGGCACAAGUGUUGGUUCUAGGCGAAGAACACCCAGCAACACUAAACAAUAAACGUAACAUUGAGGUACUUCAAGCAGACCAAGAAACAUGUGAAAUUAUCGAUGUGAAUAGACAAGUUUUCGUAUAUAAACGACGACGCUGACCUGUAAGUACAACUACAAAGAUGUACCUGCGUAUUGUUCACUAAGCAUAAAAGACUGUAAUUAUAGAAAUUUAAUAGCAAAAUUACACCUCAGCUAGCAAACGGAGUUCCCAUAUUAUAUUUUCCUGCCAGAUAGUAGUAUAUCGUAUGAGGUAAGGUUGAGACUGUAACUUCACUUGAAAUGGAAGUAUUUGAAGAAAGCACAGAGCUCAGUAACGGUACAAAAAUGUGAUAGGGUCGGCUCAGAUUUGAAUAGCCUUCCAG